GAGAGAAAAAAGGGGAAGAGAGAGAGAGAGAGAGAGAGAGAGAGAGAGUGUGAUGGAAGGACUUACAGAAGACGAGAAAAAGGCGCUGAGAGGAAGCAAAUUCGCGCCUCUUCCAUGUGCACCCAAUCAAAUCCGAUCGCUAUCAAGGCAGGCACACCCUGGAGGGCCGAUGAAGACGAACAAGGCCGCUGCUUUGGCUAAAUUUCUUGAAAGAAAGCUUCAGGAGCCAAAUGGGUUGGCUUCUCUGGAUCCAAAGCUCGUUGAGUUAGCUGUUAAAGAUGCCAAACAAACUGUUCAAUGCAGUGGAACUUCGACAUCAGGAAGAAUUAUUCAUCAUGUCAAUACUUUUGGAGACUAUGAGGUCGAGGAUGGAGAAGAGAAUACAGAGACCUCUGUUUUAAAGAAACAUAAGAAGAAGAAAAAGAAAAAGAAUAAAAAGAACAAACAAAAGAAAUUGGAGGAUGAUAUUUACGAUAAAUCGAAAAGACCGAAUAAGAAGUUGAAACUAUGACGUAUUCGAAUUUUGUCAACCCCACUGAUUUAUCGACCACAUGCAUUUGAGGCUGAAUUCGUAAUUCACCAUGGAAUGUUAGAAUGUAAGAUU